AUGGGAAUGGAAAAUCAUUUUAAAAAUGAUCCUAAUUGCCCAGCAAAAGAUAAAAAAUGUGGCCGAUGUGGUUUAAUCGGGAAUUUUAAAGCAUAUUGCACAACAAAAUUGCCAUGGAAAAAAUAUCCACAACAAAAAUCGUGGGACAAUAAAAUAAAUGCAGUCAAAGAGACAAUAUUUUUAAAAUUGGAUCUCAAUGAGGGCUAUUACCAGUUGGAGCUGGAUUGUGCAUCAAAAUUCAUCACAACAUUUAGCACUCAUGUUAGACUAAGACGGUACAAAAGAUUGAGUUUUGGAAUUAACUCUGCAGCAGAAGUAUUCCAUGACGAAAUAAGACAAGCAGUCAAACAAAGGAUUCAUCAGCAAGAUUUCAUGUCAAGACAUCCUCUAAACCAACGACAGACAAAUGACUGUGAAACAGGAAUAGAAGAACGUGUCAAUAAUAUAGCACAACUAAGCAUACCAAAAACAAUGACUAGAAAAGAGGUGGCAGAGUGCACAAACAGUGAUGAAGAACUCAUAAAAUUAAAAACAGCAUUAAUGGAGAACACUAUAUUAGAGCCAGAAUACAGACCGUUCAAAGAUGAGUUGACAAUCACUAAUGACGGACUAGUGUUAAAACAAAAUAAGAUAGUUAUACCAAAGGCAUUACAAAAGGAAGUAGUCAAGCUUGCACAUACUGGAUAUCAAGGUAUAGAGAAGACAAAAACAUUGUUAAGAAGCAAAGUAUGGUUCCCAAAUAUGAACAAAUUGACAACUGAUGAAAUUAGUACAUGUAUACCAUUACAAGCAGCGACAACAAAAUCAAAUACUGAUCCAAUAAUGAGUUCAGAACUACCACAAGGACCAUGGGAAAAGUUGGAUCUAGAUUUUGGUGGACCAUUCCUUAACGGUAAAUAUACAUUAGUUGUAAUUGAUGAAUAUUCCAGAUAUCCUUUGGUAAGAAUUAUAAAUAAUCUAAAGACUGAAACGGUAACACAUGAAUUAAAAAAUAUAUUCAUGGAAUUAGGGUUACCUGAGUGUGUCAAAACAGACAAUGGACCACCAAUGAACGGAACUACACAAUUUAGUGAAUUUUUACAGUCAUUUGGAAUAAAACACAGCAAAAUAAUGCCAUACUGGCCACAAGCGAACGGAACAGUAAAGCGGUUCAUGAGAACUCUUGGUAAAGCAAUCAAAACUUCAAUGAUAUCUAAUAACAAAUGGGAAGAAACAAUUGAUGAGUUUCUGAUGUCAUAUUGA